AUGCUGUUUCAAUCCUAUACUGGCGAUCGAUCUGCAGAGUUUGUUCAUUCAUCAAAGGGCAAAGUUGGCGAAGAUCCUUUUGGCAAUGCAGAGAUCGAUAAAGAUGUACAACCUCGAGAAUCAUCGCAUCACGAUUGCGACGAUACAAGCGAUACCGAGGAUGCCGACGAUUCUGAGUAUGAUAAGCUUGACGACGAUAUGGACUGUAGAGGUGAUCCUAAUAGCGGUUACGGCACCGAUGGGACAGAUAUUGCCAUAGCAGAGAACACAAACGAAGGCUGUACUAUUGAGAUUAGCGGCUCUGGGGAAUCAGUUCCGCAGACUUGUAUUGGUGUUAAACACGACGAGUUUGGUGUCGAUAAUAAGCCCAAACCCACGACCUUCUUAUUCCGGGAAAAUCCUCUACCGAUUCUUUGUCCGAUCUCUCACAUCCUGACAUGUGCGAUCCGUGAUGAUGCCAUUCUCGUCGAUGGCUAUACAUCUGCCGAACCCUUCUUCACAACGGACCUUGGAGGUCAGGGAAAGGAUACUGGCUUUGAAGACAAGUUGACAAGCUAUUGCUUUCGCCGGGGAACUGCAAAUGCAGUCGAUGGCGUCGCCUCAGACGCUGUUCGUGAUCAGGUCAUGAGACAUGACCCAUUCACCGGAGUCUUCAACGGGGCCUAUAUAAACAACAUCGUCAGAUUCAAUGUACAGGAUGCUUUUCUUGAAAGUGAGAUCUCCGAUGAUGGGCUUACUCGAGCUUUUACACAUAUGAGCAUUCGAUGCAACCGAGAUGUACCCAAGGAAGUUCCGACCGAAAUGAUGAAAUCACUUUUGGCUGCAGAUCCAGAUGUCGUCGACCUUGAGCGACAGUUCAAGAAGCUAUACACUCAGAUCAAGCGGGAUUUUAAGUUUAUCAGAUGCGCGUCGCAAACGAUUCGAAAGCAGUACGAAGAUGUUCGAAAGAACCUCACGAAUGUUAAGAAAAACCUGAAAGACGAGAUUGAGAAGGAAUUCCGAAAGGAUUACUUCUUUCGUGUUCAUAACGAGAUGAUGAAAAAGCAAUUGCAUAGACCAUCCAGCAAGACCUUGGAGGAUAAGGAGGAUACGCCUAUUAUCCAACAUCAACUCAAUGAGCGAUAUCAACUACAGCAGGUUCUGUGCGAUUUCUCCAAGGACUUAAAUCAACAAGAUAUUGUCUCUCGAAAGAUUUCUGCUAUCAAUCUCAUGGUCGCCCUCGCGUCUCGACAAGAGUUCCAAACUCGCAAGCCACGGUCUGCUUUAAUCCUCAAGGACACAGACAAAAAGGAGUCUCCUGCUCCGGCUUCCCCCCCCCAUCACCUGAUGAAUUUCCUGUGA